AAAUCGGUAACAAAAAAAAAUAUGGAUGUUUAUUAGUGACAGAAUAAAAUGAGGGGGAAUAUGCUAUUGAAUCAGAAUCAGAUUGACUGGAAUGAAGCCAAUAGCCUUCAUAGUUUAAAUAAUUUUGAUUUUAAAAGUACAGGGUGAUAUUUUACACACACGUGAUUCAUUGUCACCUACGUAAAGAAUUAUUUAUCGUUAAUUCAGUCAUCGAUCAACGAAAUUUAUUGUAGACCGUGUUCUACACGGUCCAAUGAUUAAAAAGUAUAUAAACAUAACCUAUGAUAAUGAACGAUACGUUAGAUUGAUAGGAUUACAAGUUGUCUAUAAUUGAAGAAAAAAUAAGUAAAUACUACCAAUAGUCGUGAUAAAAACACGGUAUACAAUUAUAAUACUUUGGAAACAAAACUGAUCGUCGUAGAAUCUAUUUAAAAUAAAUUUGCCCUUAUCACUAUCCUAGAAUGAAAUAUUCCACGUCGCCACGGGUAAGUAGGCGUAACUCUAGUGCCCCAUCUGAAUUAGGUUCAAAUUUACCGAUGCCAGUAACUUACAGGCAAGAUUGUAUGGGGGCUGCAACAAAGUGUUACAAAUACUUGAGGAAACUAUUAAAAUUUGAACAAAUGGAUUUUGAAUUUGCCUUGUGGCAGAUGAUUUUUUUAUUCAUAUCACCACAGAAAGUAUACAGAAAUUUUCAAAGUAGAAAACAAACAAAAUCACAAUUUGCAAGAGACGAUCCUGCAUUUUUGGUAUUACUAAUGUGUUGUAUAUGUAUAUCUUCUAUUGGUUUUACUAUAGUCCUGGGAUUAGGAUUUUUCCAAUUUAUAAAACUACUGUUUUAUAUGAUAUUUAUUGAUUACCUUGCAGCUGGUCUGAUAGUAGCUACAAUAUUUUGGUUUAUAACAAAUCGUUAUUUAAGAUUCGAUAAAACUCAAAAUGUAGAGUGGGGCUAUGCAUUUGACAUUCAUUUGAACGCAUUCUUUCCACCUUUAAUUAUACUUCAUAUUGUUCAACUUUUUUUGUACAGUUUUAUAAAUUAUGAUACAUUUUCAUCGCGAUUAAUUGGAAACACAAUAUGGUUAAUAGCUGUUGUUUAUUAUAUUAAUAUUACAUUUUUGGGUUAUACAAGUGAGUGUAAAUAUAAUUUUUUAUUGUACAGAAUAAGAAUUACUAAAUCAUUCGUAUUUAUUUUAGGUAUUGAAAUACUUCAUAAGACACAUGUAAUAUUAUCAGCAUUACCAAUAAUAUUACUGAUAUAUAUUAUGACAUUAUGCGCAGGUAUUAAUAUUAGUCAUUUAGUUAUGGAAUUCUACCAUUAUCGAGUUGUCUAAAUAAAGACUGUUAUUUUACCAUGAAGGUUUAAAUAAUUAAAUGGGUUCUAAUUUACAUUUUCAUAUACAUUUUUAUGUAUUAAAUUUUAGUAAAUUAUAGCCGUUACUGUGUAUAUAAACAUUCGGUAUAAGUGUACUCGUAUAUUGUUUUAUCAAACGUUAAAAGUACUUCAGUCAUUAGAAAAGGAAACUUAUAAGAGGAGUUCUUGUAGAAACAUUUUUUAUUGGUUACAAAUUUCUGGUAACAAAGUUUUAUAACUACAUUUUAUUAGAAUUAUUUAAAUACACACAUUUUUAAAUCAUUUUUGUGUAUUGUCUUCAACUAAUUUUAUAGGAACACAACACUUUAUAUUAGUUGCAAAUAAUAUCAUUCUUCCGAGUCAUGGACUUUCCGAGUAUAAAAUAAUGUACACUAUUGUAUAAAUUCUUUG